AAAAAAUUGGUAGGUUACAAUAUUACAUAAUCACGUUUGUGAGGGGUUUGUAAUUAUGAAAAGUGAUUUUGCAAAUAUAAGUUUAACAACAAUUUCUAUGCUAUUUUUGACAAAUUCAUCCGUCCAACGUCCGUCUGUAACAAACUAGGUUCGUAGAAUGACAUCCUUGGUUUUAAGAAGAUCCUUCAAAAAUUUUGUGACUGAUUUCUCUCAAAGAUGGCUGAAAAUGCUGUCCAUAUAUCUUCCACGGAGCAUACAAAACCUACGAUAUUUGAACUAUGGGCCCAAGACUCGUUGAUGAGUACUCUGCAACCGUCUUUUAAAAUAAUAUGUGAUUUUUUAGGGGCAAAAAAUUUUAACAGAUACAGGUGGCUUUUGAAGUGGCACGACGAAGCAUUUUUAGCUCUAAAUUUAUUAUUACAGUUUCAUUACUUAAACAAAUAUAAUGCGUCAUUCUCAGAGGCAUUUUACAGCUUGAAGAGAAUACCUGUCAAAAAUGGGAAGAACACUUUGUCAAUGAAACUGAAACUUAAAUCACUGCUGAGUCUGACAGUCGUACCUUACAUACUAAGCAGGUUAAGAUCAUAUAUGGACAGAUUAAAACAAGAAGAAUCAACAGAAUCUGAAAAUGAUUUGUUAAAACAUAGUACACAAUCAGUUAUUAGGACACUGUUUGUUCUGGUAAAUGGUAUAAAUGUGUUCUAUUCUGUUAAAUACAUGAUUGGCAAGUCAAAAACCCACACUAUAUGCGAUGAACUCACAGAAAUUGAAAUCACACAUGAAGUUCAUAAAAGUACAGCAUGGAGUGACAUAUUAAGAGAGUUAAAAUCCAACCCAAGGAACAUUACAACGUUAAUUCCAGUUAUUUUCAAAUUGUCUUCACAGAUCCUAGAACUUAGCGCAUUCAUUAUACAAUUUCUCAACUGGUGGAAUACAAGUCAGAUAAACAUUAAUAUUAAUGCACUACCUGUACCUCCGCCACCUUCUUGCAAUAUUGCUUAUAAUAACAUGUGCCCUAUUUGUUCGAGGCCAAGAAAGACUGAAGUUGUGCUGCAACCAUCAGGUUUUGUGUUUUGUUACCCCUGUAUAGUUCAGUAUUUGGAUGAAGAAAAGAAAUGCCCUAUAACAAAUAUACCUGCUACAACCAAGGACUUGGUAAGACUGUACACAGAAUAAAUUUUGUUUAAUUUUUAAAUAUGUAAUUAAAAAUGUAACUAAAAUAAAGAAUGUUAUUUAUACAA